AUCUAACACUGAAAGAAAUUUUCAAAUCGGACCAGUAGUUUCUGAGAUUAGCGCGUUCAAACAAACAAACUCUUCAGCUUUAAUAUUAGUAUAGAUGUGUAUUAUGUCCCGUACAAGACUACAUGCUCAAAGAAGACAAACAAAGGCUCAGCUUUUCACAAGCCGCUACGAAUGGCAAGCUGAUUUUAUUGACCUCCGUGACGCGUGCUGAGCUCAUACUGUAACUUAUCACUGCAAGGGGUCACCGUAGAACAUUGAAUCUUGUGAUGGAGUGCACGCAUUGCGUACCUUGUCCAGUAUCUUAUUUAAUAACAUCUGCACUUGUAGUUCAAAUUGAAGCUGUUUUAAAACAGGCAACAUAAUGCUUCUAAAACCAGCGAGCAUUUUAAUUGUGCUACAAUGUCUCGAAACAGCACAACUAUGGACCUUUGAGUCAAGAUUGGAGGCCUAUACAGUUUAUAUUCAUAACCCUGGUAUCUGUUUGGGAAAUUGCAUUCAGGGCAUGUGCACAUACGAUUGGCAUGCUCACGAAACUGAGUGCAUGAUGACGUCGAUUUCCACCAAAAAAUAUCGAACCCUGGACAACGAAUUGUGCACAAGUAACUGUGGGAAUUUUAAUGGUAAAAGCUAUCAAUGGUGUGCCAUCGGUACAAAUUAUUGGGGUUAUUGCAGUCGACUGAUUGCACGGACAGCCACUGAAAGUUACAGAACUCACAAUGACUACGUGUCGUGUUCCGACGCUUGUGCAACUCGUGGGUAUAGCUACUAUUGGUGCCAUGCUGUUGUCGACAAAUGGCAGAAGUGUUAUCCAGAAAAAAAAAUACUUCUGAUAAACUAUAGAACUAAAGAUUAUAAAGAAUGCAAAACUCCUUGUGAGAUUUAUAAAACUAGUGAUUUGCCAUAUUGUUAUGAUAGCAGUGGUACAUGGCAACAAUGCUUUUUAAAUCCCGCAUACCAAAAUACCCUGGAUGAGAUUGACCAAGAUUUUACCAGGUUAUGUAGGCCUGGUGGAAGUUUAUGUCGUACGGACACGAUAUGCAAGCGCCAAAUUAUUAAUGCACUAGAUCCCACAUGCCCGAUUGACGUCGAAGCUGUAGCCUCCAGACACGAAGAUAACAAUCCCACUGUGUUAGUGCGCCAAUGGAGCAGCCAGAACCCCAUCACUGCAGAUACUGAUCCCAUAUAUUCGUACACAGUGUUCCCCGUCCCAAGACCUUUCGGAGAAGAUCAGUUAAACCUACCGUUAGUGGUGCGUGCUGUGAUAACUACUAACACCUUGCUCCCUGUUGGUGCGGGGCGACAACGUUUUACAUCGGAGGUGAUGCGCUAUUACAGAGAUAUGGACAUCAUCACGGGAACUAGUAAUAACGAUGAGAGGGGACACAUAGUCGCAUCUAGGCUUGGCGGUCCGAUGGAAACAUACAACAUUUUCCCACAGUCUUGGCGCCAUAACAGAGGCGGUGGUUCGAGAUGGUUCCGAAUGGAGGCAAGCUUGGACACGUUUAUAAGAGGUCACGUUAAUCGGCACGCUGUUUUCACGGCUGUGCUAAGUUAUUCCACUGAUCUGAACAAUAAUCCAGUAAGAAGACCUAAUGCUAUAGCCGUGAGGAUACGUCUAUACGUCAGUGGAGUUUUGUCGGAUAGUGACGGAAACCCUCUGGCCUCUGCCAGAGACAACCCCUACGAAAACAUGUAUUUUUCCAACGAUCCAAACGAUCCAUGGGAUUGAAAUAUUCCGUUUGUCUUAACUACUUGUAAGUGCGGACGGCUGCAAUUAAACAGUUUAUUACGUCUUAUACAUUGCAUACAUGUACUAUGUAAAAUAUAUUUAUGUAUAUUCAAACUUUUUUAUUACGUACUAGCCGAUUUCCCGCGUUUUUGCUCGUGCUCCGUGCGAAGUACUGCGUACGUACCCGGUUAAAAUAUAGCCUAAGUUACUCGGGGUUAAUGUAGCUUCCCUAAGGUGAAAGAAAUCUUCAAAUUGUUUCAGUAAUUUCGGAGCUUUUAGAACAAAAAGUCAGUUGUCAGUUUGGUUUGAACGCUGCUUUAAGUCCACCAUAUUGUUGCAAAAAAUGUGCUAAAUGAAGAACCGCUCGACCGAUUUUGUGAAAACUUCAGAUAAAUCAUCUACCUACUUACUAAUUUGUCCGAACAAAGCCUAAACUUUUGGUUUAAUUGGUGAGACCGUUUUUGAGU